AUGGUGUUCUCCCUCGUAGGUAGGCAUUUGCCAAGGUGUCGUAUCGGACCCGCCUUUCGGCGGUCGAGAUUGUUAUCUACGGCACCACCGUCUCAAGAAUCUCAACUUCUGAGCUCCCGCCGAUUGAUAACGGUCGGUUUAGCUUCAAGUGGGCUGGUGGGAGCGACGCUAUUCGUUCAGGAUGCUCGUGCGGGAGCUCAGGAAUUGCGAGAACUGACCGAAAAGAACCCGGUUGCAACAGCACGCGACAAGCCAUCGUCGUCUCUCGCCACCCUCAUCAGGACUUACAUCGUUUACUCCUUCUGCUCUAUUCCUCCGCUUGUGGAUUGGUCUCCUACCAUACUGGAAACGUUGUCCUCCGUCCCGGGACUCAGGCAAAUUACAGAAGCUGUGGUCCGCGCUACCUUUUUCAAACAAUUUGUAGGAGGAGACACAGCAGAGGCCGUCAUCCCGCUUAUCGACGAGCUCCGGGCACAGAAUACUGGAUGCUUAUUCGCCUAUAGCGUCGAAGUUGAUCAGGCAGAGGCGGGCUCCGGAGGCGAACAGUCUCAGUCUGAAACUAACAAGACGGCGUCCACUGUACACAAACAGAUCGUCAGCGAAACGUUGCACUGCAUCGAUGUGGCCGCGGACUAUGAGGAUAAGCACACGAUAGGCUCGACCGGGAGGCGCACCUGGGUAGCCAUCAAGCUGAGCGCUAUGGUCGCGGAUGCAGAGUCUCUGCGAAGAUUGUCUCAGUAUCUCGUGAAUACUCGGCCUCGGAUCGCCGAACCCCCCGUUGCAUUUCCUGGCUGCCCGCUCCCCACCGAUCUGGAUGUGCUCUCGUCGCCAUCUCUUCCUGGUCCCCUAACGCGAGCUGACAUAGCCAAUCUGCGGGAACUUCGCGAAGACCUUGUCAGGAUAUGCACAAGAGCACAGGAGCGUGGUAUUCGCCUCAUUUUCGAUGCUGAGUAUAGUUGGUACGAGCCCGCGAUAGAUGCAUUCACUCUAGACAUGAUGCGAUAUUUCAACAAGCUCCCUUCCCUACCAAAGUCAUCGUGGUUUGGAUCUCCCGGGAAGGUGGAGACGUCUGCGGGCGUGCAACCCCUCAUAUACGCUACAUACCAAGCUUAUCUCCGCCGCACCCCAGAGUACCUCGUCCAGAGCAUCGCUGCAGCCCGCGAGGGUGGAUAUUCGCUCGGGGUGAAGCUUGUCCGCGGCGCAUACCACCCGCACGAGAUCGCCGCGCAUCCUGCAACAGCAGCUUCCGCUGACAAGUCCGCGAUCCCCCCAGGAUUCGGCGCGUCAUACUCUCCCUCUAUAUCCCCAGACCCCGUUCCGCCUGUGUGGACGGAGAAGUCGGAAACCGAUGCUCGGUACAAUGCGUGCGUGCGUGCGCUCAUCGCGGCAGUCCGCGCGGACGUAGAGGCGAGAACGCGGACACCGACGAUUGGUGUGUUGUUCGGUACACACAACUGGGAGAGCGCGAACCUCGUGGUGGAUGAGCUUGUGAGACAGCGUUUGGGCUCUGUCGAUGCAAAUGGCGUCGUGGCGAUUGAGGACGCUGUCGCGGAACGGGUAACCAUGGGACAGCUGUUUGGCAUGACGGCAGUAUUGACGGAUUACCUCGCGAACCGUGUGCAAUCCUCAUCGCCGUUCGUCAUCAAGUACAUUCCGUAUGGACAGCUUUCGGAGGUGAUGCCGUACCUGAGCCGAAGGGCGAUCGAGAAUAAGUCGGUGCUUGGGAACGGCGCCGCGAUCGAGGAGCGCAGACGGGCUGCGGCGGAGAUCGCUGCGAGGAUCUUUACGUUCACCUAGGCCGGGUCAGGGGAGACAGCAUGGGUGAAGGUUGAG